AUGGUCAAAUUGGCAGUAGGGACGAAGGCGGCGCCAGGCGUUAGAAUACUGAGGGACGAACUCUACCCGAUCAAGGUGGACAAUGUCAACCGGUUAGCAGUUUUGAACGAACAUGGAGACAUCCGAGCCGGAGCGACGGAGACAUUUGGCCAAGAAAAUGGAACGACAGUCGCGAAGAUAAGAUGGCUGAGCAAGAGAACGGCACCCAAGGCAUAUGGCUCUAUGGUAGUAUACGUGACGAAGGACAGCGACGCAAGACGCCUCCUGAGGGAAAGUUUCUUUCACGUGGCAGGAGAAUCUGGCUACACUGUGAUAUUCGAACGCCGUCCUUGCCCCGAGCAGUGUCGUUGUUCACUUGCGGAAAUACACAAAGGUGCGCGAGAUGCGCCGGUGGUGGACAUUGCCACAGCGAAUGCACCGCGACCGUCGUAA